AUGGAUGCAGUUAAGAGACGCAUGGCAGAACUGUCCGCUGACGAUGACUUUAUGCUCUUCGGUGCAUGCACAGGACAUAUAUUGAAGAACGAGCCUAAAGAAGAAGCUAGGGCAAAAAUGGUCGCCGUUCUAGAGCUGGCCGUCAAUCCGCCCAACCCGCCGCAAGACGCAUAUCGCGAGACUGAACCACCAGCUUAUGAAGCAAGGUAUUUGGAAGAACACACUCUUGUGCCGCCGGUUGCACAAGGGAAUCUAUCCAGUAGUUGUUGUGCCGGUACUCAGAUUAGAUUUCAUUUUCCCAGUGCUUUCUUUCUCUGA